ACAAUGCUGCUCAAAUCAAAACAUUUCGGUCACAUACUGACACGCUUGCAAACUCUACAAACAUGUCUUUCCUUUCAGGCUUUAUGGGUAAUAAAGCCGCAGGCUCAUUUGUCGACCAGGCUGUGGACCAAGCAGCUGCUGUAGCCAAAAGGAAAGUGAAGGAAGCAAUUACUGGAAAAAAACAGGUAGAUAAUGCAGGGGGCAUGGGAGAUCUUUUCCCAUCCGAGGGACAGAAGAAACCAAAGCAAAAGGAAGGUGGACUGUUUGGUGGCCUCCUUAACACAGAACCAGGAGCGCAACAACCAGCACCACCAGCAGCUCACAGCAGUGGAGAUGACGGUGGUUUCGCUGAUGCGCUGGAUGAUCUGGCGAGUGAGUUUGCCACACAGAAAUGAUGUUCCUUCAAUUAGGAAACACCUCUGCCGAACACCAGCACUGUUGAGAGUCAUGGACAUGAAAGCAUAUUUAAUUUGUAACUUUUGUAAAUAGUUUUAAAUAUUAGUUUAACAUUUUCAGCCGGACAACUACAUGAAAUAUUAGAAACUACCACCUGUGCACAUCACAUUCUUAUGUUAAUUCGUUCAAAUAAAAACACAUUUUUUUUGCAUGUUUUUGUUUUAGAUGUCAUGUUUCAUUACAAUAUAUUAAUUAUAAUAAUAUAUAUUAAGUGUUUAUUAAAAAAAGUCUCAUAA